CUCUCGGGUUUGACAUUGCUCUCGACUUAAACCACACGUCGACAACAACUCGCCGCAACAGAGUCUUUGCCACGGACUGGGAGUCAUUCGCUGCAUCGCCGCUGCCAUCAUGUUCUCCGCCAGUCUCAGGCAGUUCUCUGGCCGCAGCGCCAUCCGCGCCACUCGCAACUUCUCGAGCACGCCGCGAGCAAACCGCAUCAUCACGUCCGCACCGCUACGAGCGAAGGAGGCAUCUGGUGCCAUUGGACACAAAUACCCUGUCAUCGACCACGAAUACGAUGCUCUGGUCGUGGGCUCAGGAGGAGCUGGUCUGCGAGCAGCAUUCGGCCUGGCCGAGGCUGGAUUCAACACAGCCUGCAUAUCGAAGCUAUUUCCCACACGAUCACACACUGUGGCUGCUCAAGGAGGCAUCAAUGCCGCCCUGGGUAACAUGCACGAGGACGACUGGAGAUGGCACAUGUACGAUACUGUCAAGGGCUCCGACUGGCUGGGAGACCAAGACGCCAUCCACUACAUGACAAGAGAGGCACCCGCAUCUGUAUACGAACUCGAGAACUACGGAUGUCCCUUUUCGCGAACAGACGACGGCAAGAUCUACCAGCGAGCCUUUGGUGGUCAGUCGCGGGAGUUUGGCAAGGGCGGACAAGCAUACCGAUGCUGUGCGGCUGCUGAUCGAACGGGACACGCCCUUCUACAUACCCUCUAUGGCCAGUCACUCCGCCACAACACCAACUACUUUAUUGAAUUCUUCGCCAUUGAUCUGAUCAUGGAAGAUGGCGAGUGCAAGGGUGUCAUUGCCUACAACCAGGAAGAUGGCACUCUGCACCGCUUCCGCUCUCACAACACUGUUCUGGCUACUGGAGGAUACGGUCGUGCAUACUUCUCGUGCACAUCUGCACACACUUGCACUGGUGAUGGCAUGGCCAUGGUCGCUCGCGCUGGACUUCCUAACCAGGAUCUCGAGUUUGUGCAGUUCCACCCUACUGGUAUCUAUGGCGCUGGUUGCUUGAUCACUGAAGGGUCUCGUGGUGAGGGAGGUUACUUGCUCAACAGCGAGGGUGAGCGAUUCAUGGAACGUUAUGCUCCGACCGCGAAGGAUCUUGCUUCUCGUGAUGUUGUCAGCCGAAGUAUGACCAUGGAGAUCCGCGAAGGUCGUGGUGUAGGACCUGACAAGGACCACAUUUACCUGCAAUUGUCGCACUUGCCUCCCGAGAUUCUGCACGAGCGUCUCCCCGGUAUCUCUGAGACUGCUUCCAUCUUCGCUGGUGUCGACGUGACCAAGCAGCCUAUUCCUGUAUUGCCAACGGUGCACUACAACAUGGGCGGUAUCCCCACCAAGUACACUGGUGAGGUUCUUACAGUGGACGAGAAUGGCAAGGACAAGGUUGUGCCAGGUCUGUUCGCUUGCGGUGAGGCCGCUUGCGUGUCGGUCCACGGCGCAAACCGCCUCGGUGCCAACUCUCUGCUCGAUCUGGUCGUAUUCGGACGUGCUGUCAGCCACACCAUCCGCGACAACUUCUCUCCUGGCAAGCCACACCAAACGAUAUCCAGCGAUGCAGGCGCCGAAGCCAUUGCCACUGUCGACCAAAUCCGAACCGCGGACGGACCAAAGAGCACCAACGAGAUCCGAAGCGCCAUGCAGAAGGUCAUGCAGUCUGAUGUAUCUGUGUUCCGAACACAGGAGUCGCUUGACGAGGGUGUCAAGAAGAUUAACGAAGUCGACAAGCAAUUCCACCAAGUUGGCACCAAGGACCGCAGCAUGAUCUGGAACAGUGACCUCGUUGAAACCCUGGAGCUGCGCAACCUGUUGACUUGCGCCGUCCAGACUGCUGAAGCUGCAGCUGUUCGUAAAGAGUCUCGAGGAGCACACGCUCGUGAGGACUACCCUGACCGAGACGAUGAGAACUGGAUGAAGCACUCUCUCACAUGGCAAAAGAAGCCACAUGAGAAGGUUGAGAUUGGGUAUCGUGCUGUUGUUGCAAACACACUGGAUGAGGCCGAGUGCAAGGCUGUACCUCCUUUUGCAAGAAAGUAUUAGAGAAUUGGAGAUAGCGAGACUAGAUGGAAUUGGUCUGGGAAUAUAAACCACCAGCAGUUGAAACGGGUUCCAGCUAGAGCGACUUUCAGGCCACCUAGUAGUGAAUUGCAUGUAGUCUAGAAGGUCAGGUAGCGACGGCGUUGUGUACAUAUUAAGCAGAUCUGACUGUUUCUUGUAUUCACGCAGAGUGGUGGUGGUCCCUCGUGUUUCCGGCAAAAGACUCCUUUUGAUCGAAUCGGAUCUCAGCAUGGGUCCAGGAUUCGCAAGGCAAGGAUCAAAUCUGUUAUCAGCCCC